AUGCUCCCUCAAUAAAAAAAUAUUGUAGAGACUAAGCCUAAUCUAUUAGAAGAUGAAUACUAAUAGGUUUCAUCAUAAUAUUUGGAAUCAAAGAUAAAUAUUAUAUUGAUGGCUACAGAAAUUGAAAGAUUACAUAAAAUAUUAUUAUUUAAGAAAGAUUAUUAUGAAAAAAAGAUAUAAGAUUUAAUUGAUAGAGGUACUUUAAUAAUAUUACUGAUAUAGAGCUCUAAGACAAGGAAUAAAUAGCAAAAUAAUUACAAACUAUUACUGACUUAAAUUAGCAAAUUCUAUAGAAGAAUGCAUACAUUACAUAGAUAUUACAAGAAAAGUAAUUUAAAACUCUUAUAUUUAGAUCUUAAUAGGAAAUGAAUGUGUUAAUAAGUUAAUAAUUAUUUGUUAUCAAUGAAUAAUACUAAAAUGCUUAAGUUUAUAUUUAAGAAUUACAAAAAGAAAAUUAACUUUUAAAAUAGUAAUUUGAAGAUGCUCCAUCUUUAAGAUAAAAGCUCUAUGAUUUAGAUUAGUGGUAUGCAAAAUUAAUUCAUGAGAAAAAUUAAGAAAUUUAAUUAUUAAAAUCUUAAUAACCUUAAAUCAUUUAACAUUCUCCUUAACUGACUAUUAUUAACUAACUUUUAGAAUAGAAAGAAAGAGAAUUAUUAUAAUGGUAAUAUAGUUCAUAAUAAGUGAAUCUAUAUCAUGAGAAUUAAAAAUUGAAUUAGGAACUUAAAUUUUUAAAUGACAAAUUGAAUCUAUUAUUAUUUGAUAAUGAACAUUUAAAAAAGAGACUAUUUGAUAUUUAAUCUUAACCAUCAAAUUAGAAUAGUUAACCAUAGUAUGCAACUCUUAAAGGAGAUUCUUAAUGUACAGUUCCUCCUAUAUUAUAUGAUUAUCAGAGUAUAAAAACACCUAGAAGAUAUAAAUAAUAAUCAAUUAUUCCAACAGAUUUUACUAAUACAUCUUUAUUAAGUUAUAAAUUAUUAAGAAAACCAUAAUCAGUAGGAUCAAGAUCAGGAAGUUCAAUACAUUUCUAAGGUUAAAUGAGUUUUCCUUAAUUCUAAUAAUCUCAUUCUCCUCAAUUUAAUGAGAUUUUAAGAUAAAUAUAAAUUAUUUAAAAUCAACCUUAUCUUACUGUAUAAAACAUUAAUACCUAAAUAUAAUAUUUGAAAACUUUAUUAUAAAUAAAAGGAUAAGAAAUACAUACUUAAAUAACUCCACCAAGACAAGUUUAUUAAAUGUUAAAAACUUAAAGCAAUGAAAGAAUAGUAAAUAAAGCCUUUUCACCUCGUUAGUAGAUUAUUAAAUAACCAAUAAAUGUUUUAUAAAAAACACUUUAUGGAAAUUAAACAUAAAUGAUUCCUUAAUCUGUAAGAAUAUUUCCUUAAAAUUAAUUACAAUUACCCAACAAUAUUAUUAAAUAUAGAUCUUUUUCAGCUGAAACUAAAAGAGAGUUCUCUCCAAACAAUAUAUAAUAAUAAUAAUAAUAAUAAUUAAUCCCAUAGACUACAUUAUUCUCAAAUUAAGUGUAACAAGUUUAAAAAAUCUAAACUAAAUAUUCCCCUAUUUAAACAACUAUUCAAUUAUAAAAUACAAUUCCAAGAUAAGUUUAGAGAAGUGUAUCUCCACCAACAAUUUAAUAUAUUCAAUCUUCAUCGUAUAAUAUUAUUUAAUUUUAAAUAGAUUAUCAUCCUUAGCGCCUUAAACUAUUAGAUAUUAAGAUGUGAAAUAAUAUCAUUAAGUAAAUAAAUAACCCCUUUAAUAAUAUUAAGAUCCAUAAUAAUAUUAAAUUAUAAAAUAAUUUACAACACCAGUAAAUUAAAUUUAAAAUUAAUAAUCCCAAUAAUCCAUACCUUAUUAUUCUUAACAUCCAAGCAAUUAAAAUAGAUCUCCUAUUAAUAUUUUAGCUUAUCCUUAUGAUUAUUCUCCCCAAAAUCCAGAAGAUUUAAAUAAAUAACCAGAUUAACCACAAUCAUAAACUCAAAAUUAAUUAUUCAUGACUCCUUAUAAUAUUAGAAAACAACCUAUACCAAAUAGUAAUUCUUCUUUGCCCUAUUCAUAAGUCAGAAAUCCUAUUAAAAGAGAAAUCCAAGAUCCUUUAAGUAUUAAAUCAAGAGAAUCUAAACAUCAAAGUAAUCAAUCUUUACCUGCUUAAAUCUUACAAUCAGCACCUAUUGAUAAUUCUUAAGUUGAACCAUUUGAAUUAUGUAAUGCUCCUUAAGAUCCUGAUGAAUAAUUUAAAGAAUCUUAAAAACCAGAAGAUAUUCAAAAAUCUCCAUAACUUUAAACUCCUGUUCAAUAAACCAAACCUAUUAAAUAAACUUAAUCAGAUCAACCAUCUUAAAAUCAAAUUUAAAAUACUCAAAAUCCUGAUAAUUUAUAUAAGCAAACAUAAAAACCUUAGUUUUAAAAUCCGAAUUCUUCUGUUGAUAAAAUUAAUUAGGAUCCUUAAGAGUACUAAAAGAAACUUAAAUCAUAAUCUGAUAUUAGAAGAAGUUAACCACCCAGUCUUAGAAAUGGCUAAGAUAUUAAAUUAGCUACUCUUAAUUAAGAUGCUGAUGAACUUAGAAAAUAUCAAUAAGAAUUAGAUAGAUUCAAAAAUCUUUUAUAAUUAACUAAACAAGAAAAUGAUAAUCUUAAACAGCAUUAAUCAUAAAGUGAUUUAAAUUAAUAAAAAUAUACAGCUGCAUUAUAAUAGUUGCAACUCUAUGAAAAUGAAUUAUCUAUCUAAAAUAGAGAAUAUAAUUAGAAUAUAGAAAAAUAAAAAUACAUUCACAAUUAAUUAUAAUAAAAAUUUGAUCAAUAAAAGAUAUUAUUUGAUAAGCAAUAAAAUGAAAUUAAUUAAUUAAAAUAAAAUUAAGAAAAUUUAACUAAAAAAUCUCGUCAAAAUGAAGAACUUAAAGAUGAUUUACAAAAAUAAUUAAUUGAUCUUUAAUAAUAAUUAGCUGAUUUAUAAGCUAAACUUUAAAAUUAAAAAGAUACUUAAAUCUAAUAUUUAAAUAAAAUAUCUUAAUAAAGUGAAAGUUUAUCAAAUUAUGAAAAAUAAUUACAAUAAUAGAACAAAAAAUAUUCUAUGUUAAACUCAGAAUACAUUCAACUUAAAUAACAUUAUGAUUCAUUAUAAAAAGAAUCCCCUUAAUCGAAGUCAAUACAAUCUGAAGAAAUAGAUUAAUAUUAACAAUAAAUUGCAUAACUCUAAUUGUAAAAUAAUGAAUCCACUAAAUAACUUAAAGAAAAGUUGAAUUCCCUCUAAUCUUAAAUAUAAUUAGAAUAAGAAUAGCAUCUAAUCCUUAAGAAAUAAUAUGAAAGUUUAUAAAGAGAUAAUAGUAUUUUAAAAACAUAAAAUGUUGGAAUUUAAAAUUAAAUCAACACUUUAAAGGUCUAAUUGAAUGAAAAAGAAGAGCAGCUCAAAGAGCUUUAGAAAAUAAUUGAAAUUAAAACUUAAUUAACAUAAUAAUUAGAAAAUAAGGUGAAAGAAAUGCAAAAUUAAAAUAUAUCUUCCUCCUAAUAAUUAUAAUCCCUUAAUUAAAUUCAAGUUGAUAAUCUAAAGAAAUAAUUAUCAUAAGAAUAAUAGAAAACAAAUGAUUUAACUGAUUAGAUUUCUAAGCUUUAAUAAAAGAUUUUUACAUUAGAGCAAUAAUUUUAAGCAGAAAAAUAAACUAAUGUAAAGUUAUCUAAAGAAAUUCAAAAUACUACAAUUAUUCUCUAAAAUGAUUACAAAAAGAGAAGUCAAUAAUUAGAUAAUGAAAAUCAAGAAUUAUAAUCAAAAUUAAACCAAGCAGAAAUGAUGAUAUAAAAGGAAAGAGAAAAUUAUAAUUAAAGUUAACAAUAAAUAAUAAAAAUUUAAAAUCAAUAUUAGCUACUUUCAGAUAAAUCUUCCUUGGACAAUGACGAAUAUAUAAGGAAUCUCAAAUUAUAAAUUGAAUAACUAAAAUCAUAAAAUGAGAAUCUUUCUAAUUAGAUUCUAACAAUUAAAUCCAAUUAUGAAAUAUAAACGUCAACUAUGAAUACUAUGACAUCUUCAAAAGUUAUUAAUUUAGAAAAGCAAUUAGUCUUUGAGAAAGAAUAAAAAGAAAAUUCCUAAAUGAGAAUUCUAUAACUUGAAAAAUAGGUUUCUGAUUUCUAAAAUAUUAUUAAAUCAGAUAAGACUGAAGAAUUAAGAGAUAAAUUAAUACAACUAGAAAGAUAAGUGUAGAAAUUCUAAAACGAAAGAGAUUAAAUUUAAUCGAGUAAAUAAAGGGGAGAUGAAGAAAUUAAAAUACUCAGUGUUAGAAUUAGUGAAUUAUCUAAUUUAAAUAUUUAAAACCAAUAAGAAAUUAUGAGUUUAAGAUCUAAAUAAAAUUGUUAAACUGAAUCAUCAUCUCUUAUUACUAAAUAAAAUUAAUAAAUUAUUAUUUUGCAGUAAGAGAAAUAAUUUUAAUAAUCUUAAAUUAAUGAAAUGAUUUUGAUGAAAUAAAGAUUUGAAGAGAAUAUUUAAAAUCAUUAAACAUAAUUAAAUGAAUUAAAAAAUACUUUCAAUAAAGACCUUGAAAAUUAAAAAGCUAUAAAUAAAAAACUAUAGGAGGAUAUGCUUAAUUCUCAAAAUUUGUUAUAAUUUGAAAAGAGAGAAAGGGAAAUUGCAUAAAAUAAUAAGAUUUAAGCUGAUGAGAUUAAUUUAUAGUUAAAUUAAGAAAAAAAUAUGUUAAAAGAGUAAUUAAUAAAAUAAAAGAAAUAAAUAGAAUAAUUAUAAUAAGAAAUCAAUGAAUUAAAUUUGUAACAUAAAAACACCAAUAAUGAGCAAAUUCUUCUUAUGUAAUAGUAAAUCAUCAACUAAAAUAAACAAAUUGAUAAUUUAAAUAUCAAUAACCAAAAAUUGAGCAAAGAUAAUGAAAGACUAAAUUUAAAAAUAUAAUAGAUGAAUAUUUCUAUUGCAGAUUUAGAGAGUUAAAAUUUCAAUUUAUAACAAUAAAUUUAAUUAUUAAAUUCAUAAAAUCAAGCUAAUCUGUAAUAAAGAGAAAUGAAUUUAAUUGAAUUAAGAUCAGCAGCUAAUAAUACCGAGGAUUAAAUUUAAGAUUUGACUGUUAAAUUAGAACUUUAAAUAAAAGAAAGUGAAAAAUAUUAGAGAGAGGCUUUCAAUAAUGAUUAGUUAGCUUUAUCUCUACAAAAGAAGUUGUCUGAUGCUAACCUACAAAAUUAAAAGAUAAAACAAUAAUAUGAAAUGAAAAUAGAAGACCUGGUCAAAUAAAUUAAUUAAAAAGAAAAACUAGAUUAGCUAGAAGCACCAAAAGUUUAAAUAUUUCCUUAAAUAUAAAAUAAUCAUUUAAUAUAAGAAAAUGAAGACUUGUUAUUAAAAAUUGGUCAGUACGAAUAAAUGAUAAAUUCAUUAGAAGAAGAUUAUUAUAAUUUAUAAAGUGAACAUCAAAAAAUUACUAAAGAAUAUCAUAGUGUAAUAAAUUAAUCUGAAAAAACAGUAGUCACAAUUACUUAAUAUUAAUAAUAAUAAGAUAAUAUCAAAAGAAAGGAAGAUAUAAUCAAAUAACUAUAAUAAUAGAUCUAAGAUUAAUCAUUGCAAUUUGAAUCUGAAAGAAAUAGAUUUUAUGAUUAAAUUAAUAGAUUAACCAUUAAAAAUUAAGAAUUAUAAAACUAAUUGUAAAAUAAUCCUAAUAAAUAAAUAAAUGAAGAAAAUAUCUAUAUGAAAAACUAAAUAUAACAAUUAUAAUAACAAUUAAAAAAUACACCAAUUAAAGAAACAAUUAUCUAUUAAUCUUCUUCUCCUUUAAAAAGAAACGAUGAAGAAAUUGAAAAAUAUAAAUAAUAAACAUAUUAAUUAGAGUUAAAAAUGAAUGAAAUAGCUAAUGAUUAUCAUUUACUAGAAUAGCAGUCAGAUUUAGAAAAAAAUUAAUUAGAAAAAUAAAUUAACUGCUUAUUAGGUGAUUAAUAAAAACUUUAGAAUGAAAAUAACCACUAUUAACAACAGAUUGAAAAUUUAUCUAGAUAAAUAUAAUAGUUAUAGCUAAAUCAAUAAAAUGACAUGAUUUAAGAGUUAGAAUUUGAAUUUAAAAAAUUAAAAUAAUAAUUUGAGAUUGCAUAAUAAUAAUAUAAGCAUGCUUAAGAAGAAUUGACAUCAGCUAAAUCUCAAAUCUUGUAAUAAAGAGAAGAGUUAGAAAAUGAAAAAAAUAAAAAUAAUGACUUAAAGCUUAAAAUUAUUCAUAAUGAGCAACUAUAAUUUAACAUUAAAAGAUAAAAUAAUCCGGAAACUUCAAUCAUUAAAGAAACAACUAUAAUAAAAGAAUCAGCACAAGAUCUUUUAUUAUAAUAAAAAGUUGAACAACUUAAUAUUGAUAAUAUGAUUCUAAGAAAGUAAUUAUAAAAUUUAGAGGCAGAUUAUAUUUAAAAGUUUAGAGUUUAAUAAUUAUAAAUUCAAGAUUUGAAUUAUAAAUUAAAAGAAUAACUUGAAAAAAACAGUAAUAAAACUACUAUUAUUGAAGAAACCGUUUAUAAUAGUAUUUCAAAUGAUCAAUCUUCUGAAAUAAGAAAAUUAAAGGAUGAAAAACUAUUCUUAUAAUAAGAAUUACAAAAGUAGCAAUAGCAAUACAAAAAAUAAAUUUAAGAUUAGGUUAAUGACUAUGAAUUUCGAAUAGAAUAAUUUAAGUUCAACAUUUAGUAGUUGAAAGAUUCCAAAUAAAUACAGACAAAUAAUGAUUAAAAUUUAUUAAAGGAAAACUAAUUACUAGCUGAUUAAAUCAUGCAUUUAUAAAAUGAAAUAGCUGUGACUAGAAAUUAAUUAUAAGAUUAAUAAUAGUCUAAUAGUUAAACUUCAAUUAAUGUAAAUUUAGUGAAGACUUUGGAGAGAAGAAAUGAAGAAUUAAUGUAAUAAUUAGAAAGAUCUAAAGAAAUACAAGAAAAUAAAUUUAGAAAUGUUAUAAAUGAAAACUAAUUGCUAAAUGAUCAAAUUAAAAAUUUAUAAAAAGAAUUAGCUGUGAUUAGAAAUUAAUUAUAAGAUUAAAUAUAGUCUAAUAGUUAAAAUUUAAUUAAUGCAAAUUUAAUAAAGACAUUUUAAUAAAGAAAUGAAGAAUUAAUGUAAUAGUUAGAAAGAUCGAAAGAAAUUCAAGAAAACAGUUUAAAAAAUCUUUUAAAAGAAAAAUAAUUGCUAAAUGAUCAAAUUAAAAACUUAUAGAAUGAAUUAUAAAUGGCUAAAAAUUAAUUAUAAGAUUAAUAAUAGUCUAAUAGUUAAAAUUUAAUUAAUGUAAAUUUAGUGAAGACUUUGGAGAGAAGAAAUGAAGAAUUAAUGUAAUAAUUAGAAAGAUCUAAAGAAAUACAAGAAAAUAAUUUUAGAAAUGUAAUAAACGAAAACUAAUUGCUAAAUGAUCAAAUAAAACAUUUAUAAAAUGAAUUAGCAGUCACUAGAAAUUAGUUAUAAGAUUAAAUAUAGUCUAAUAAUUAAAAUUUAAUUAAUCCAAAUUUAGUACAGACACUGGAAAGAAGAAAUGAAGAAUUAAUGUAGUAAUAGGAGAGAUCGAAAGAAAUUUAAGAGAAUAAUUUAAAAAAUUAUUUAAAGGAGAAUUAAUUGCUAAAUGAUCAAAUUAGGCAUUUAUAAAAUGAACUAAAAAUGUCGAGAAUAUAAUUAUAAGAUCAAAUAGAGUCUAUUAAUUAAAAUCAAAAUGAUGCAAAUAAAGUUAAGUCAUUAUCACAAAUUAAUGAAGAAUUACUUAAAUAAAUUGAAUAGUAAAAACUAGUUAUUGCAUAAUUGCAGAUCAAAUUAUAAAAUAUACAAAAAAACUUUGAUGAGAAGGAAAUGGAAUUAUAAAACUAUAAAGCUAACAAUCGUUAACAAACUUAAGUAUCUUAAUUGAAUUAAUUUUCCAAUCAAGUUAGAAAUGAUAGUGAAUAUUUAAAUCAGCUACUAAAAUCUAUGGAUGUUUUAAAUUAGUAAAUUAGGUAAUAAAAAGAAGAAAAAGAAAAUAUGGAAAAAAUAAUAUAAGACUAUGAAAAAGAAAUUAAUCGCCUUAAUUAAAUGAUUAAGUAGUUAGAGAGUUAAGCUACCUAAAAAAAUUAAGAAAACUCUGAAUUAAGAUAAAAAAUAAAAGAUUUAGGAUAAAUAUAAGUUGAACUUAAAUAAAAUAUUAAUAAAUCUUCUACAGAUUCAGGAAGAUUUGAACAAUCAUUAAUUAAUAAAUAAUAUGAAAUAUAGCAAUUAGAGAAUGAAAACAAGAAAUUAGAUAACAAAUUGUUAGAUAAUUAAAAUUUAAUUAGAAAGUUAUAAUAAGAAUUAACAACUUAAGGAAAUGAGAAAUAAAAAUUAUAAUUACAAUAUCAAUAAGAAGUUUUUAAUCUUUAGAAUUAAAUAAAGAGAAUAUAAUAAUAAAACUUUAAUCAGGAAGAAAUAAAGAGAUAAUCAGAAUCAGUUAUUUAGAGGAAUUAAGUUAUCUAAAAUAAUGAAAAUUUUAAUUCUCCUAAAGUAAAAAAUGCAAGUAAAAGUUUGAAUAAACCUAAUGUAUCUUUUGUUUCAACCGAUGAGAUAAAAGGAAAAUAUUAUAAUUGUUCACUUUAUACUUCAAAUAAGAAUGGAUAAAAUUAUUAUACUCCUUUAAGGGUAGUAAAAUCAAAAGUAGACUUAUUGAGUUCUAAUGAUAAGAGUUAAUUAACUUCAGAGGAAGAUUUAAGAAAAUAAAUUAGCCUUUGGCAAUCAAAAUAUGAAGAAUUAUUAAGAGAUAGAUAUUCAAAACCUUAUAUCAUUCCUCAUUAAUAAUAUAGAUAAAUUUAGGAAUCUAUUGUUUUAGAGGAAACAGUAGAUUGGAAAUCAAAAUAUGAUGAAUUAAAAGGUUAAAUUUCAAAUUCAAAUUAAAUUUAAAAUGAAAAAUUAAUUGAAUAAUUAAGAUAAAAUAAUGAUUUACUUGGCUCUUAAUUAUAUUAAAUAUAGACCGAUUAUUAAAAAUUAAAAACUGAAAUCACUAUUCAUCAAUAGAAAUAAGCAAAUGAUACAACUUAGAGUAAUCUUAAUUAACAAAGAACAAUCGAUUAAUAGAAUAAAAAGAUUAUCAAUUAAUAAAAUGAAAUAGAUUAAUUGAAAUUAAAACUAAUAUAAAUAAAUGAAAAUAAGAAUAAUUUAGAAAAAAAAUCUAAUUAAUAAUCAAAUGAAUAAAUUAAGUAAUUGGAGACUGAAAAUUUCAAUUAAUUAUAAGAAAUAAAUUCUUUGUAAAUUUAAAUUAAAAGAUUAUAAGAAAACAGAUAAAUGAUGCAAUAAUAAAUGAAUGAUUAAGAAAUUAAUUUAAAAUCUGGAUAAGAAGAAAAUGAAAUAAAUCUAGAAGAGUAUAGAUAAUAGAUUGAGACACUACAAAAUGAAGUCAAUAUUUAAUAGAAUUAAAUAUUCUAAUUAUAAAAUUAAUUAAAAUAAACAAAAGUUAAAGAAUUGGAAUUAGAAUAAAAGUUCAAAUUUGCAAUAGAAGAUCUAGAGCAUAUUUAAUAAAAAUAUAAUGAAUUAAGAUUAAGCUCAGAUUAAAAAAAAUAACUUUAAAUAUAAUAAUCAUAAUAAAAGCAAUCAUAAUAUGAAUAAUCUAAAAGUGUUGAAACUUAUAUAGAGUAAUAGCCAAUCAAUCAAUAUGAUGAUUAAUAUAAGAAGAUCUUAUAUGAACUCCAUUUAAUAAAACAAUAGAAUACCUCUUUAUAAACUUAGUUAUAAGAGUCAAGUUAAAAAUAAAUAACUUUGAUGUAAGAAAUAAAAUAACUACAAAUUAAAAAUGAAAGAUUAAAUUAAAGUAAUUUUAGACUACAAAAUGACUAAUAAAAAGUUACAGAUCAGAAUAGUUAAAUAAAUAAGAUAACUGAUCUUUAUCAAUAAUUAUAAAUAGAAAACUAAAAAUUGCAAAGUGAAAUUUCAUAUCUACAAUAAGAAAAAUAAUAAAUUAUUGUUUCUUUUGAAACUAAAUUAUCUUAAUAUUCAGCAAGUGUGAAUAAUAAAGUUAGAUAAUAAUAAAUUGAAGAUUUAAAACGAGAAUUAGCUUUAUUAAAGAGAGCAACAUUAAAAUCAACUGGAAUUGAUAUAGAUGCAGAAAGAUUGAGUUAUUCAACAUAAAUAACUUAAUUAAAAAAAUAACUUGAAUAUGAAUAAAUAAAAAAUAAAGAAUUACAGUAGAAACUUCAAAAUUCUACACAAUAUUAAGUAAUAUUUUUAUAUAUUCUAGUCUGAUUUUGGACUUGUUGAAAGAUUAAACAAAGAGUUGUAAGAUAAGAUUGUAGAAUUAUAUUAAGUAAAAUCGGAGUACAGGAAUGCAAUAAAAAUGAUCCAUCAAUUAGAAGAACAAGUGAUAGAAAGAAUGGAAAAAGAAUAGUGUUCUUGAAAUAUUAAUAUUUUG